GAGCGAUCGCGCUGGAGCGGCGGCUGGAGGGGACGGGUGAUCGCGACAGAGCCGCGACAGAACUGAACCGCGACCGCGUUUGGGAUUAUCGCUUUCAGGAUUUUCUUUUUCUCCUUCAACCCUAAGCGGAGCCCGCGGCCUCUCGGCGCCCGCCUCGGAUUUACAAUUGCACCAUGACCCUGGAGGAGCUGGUGCCCUGCGACAGCACCAAGAUGCAGGCGGUGAGCGAGGCGGUGGAGCGGGUGCUGGUGGCGGCGCAGCGGCAGGACCGGCUCACGGUGGGGGUCUACGAGUCCGCCAAGCUGAUGAACGUGGACCCCGACAGCGUGGUGCUGUGUCUGCUGGCCACCGACGAGGAAGACGAGGGUGACAUCGCCCUGCAGAUCCACUUCACCCUCAUCCAGGCCUUCUGCUGCGACAACGACAUCCACAUCCUGCGCGUCUCGGGGAUGCAGCGCUUGGCUACCAUCCUGGGCGAGCCCGAGCCCGGCGCCGAGCCCCGCGACCUCCACUGCCUCUUAGUCACGAACCCGCACACGGAUGCCUGGAAGAGCCAAGGGUUGGCAGAGGUGGCCAGUUACUGUGCUGAGAGCCGUGACAAAAACCAGUGGGUGCCAUACGUCUGUCUGCAGGAGCGUUGAGCCAGCCCCAGCUGAUGCCUGGCUCUACCUGAAAGAGGAGGAAAAAAAAAAAAAAACACAGCAGGAAAAACGGAAGAGAAAUGGCCAGUUAAAAAAAAAAAAAAAAAAAACACAAACCCAAACACCCACCGAUUUUAUUUUUCUUUUUAACCGGAGAGGAGAAAGGAGCAGCCCGACCGCACUGGUGGGCAUGGGAAGGAGGCGAGCCGUGGCCGGGCUGUGCCGGCAGCCCGGUGGGACGCUGGCCGGAGCGCACCGGAGCCGUGCCGAGGAGUUGUGCUUGGCCACGGGGACCGUGGGACUGUGCCGAGGAGCCCCAGGACGGGCACUGCGGAGCGCGGGGAGGAGAUGGAGACUGGUUUGAUUUUUCUUUUUGGCAUCUGUGACUCGAGGGAGGCGAGGACUGCAGAGGGAUGGAUUUCUUUUUUUUUGCAAAAGAACUGCUUUUUUCCAAGGGAUAAAUCAUCAUCUCUCUUGAUGGACCUGCAACACCAGUUUCAGUUUUUGCACUCAAGCCACUUGGAGACCCUGAUCUGAAUCUAGUCCAGAGUCUAUUCUUAUACUGAUUUAAGAAAGAAAAAAUAAUUAUUUGCAAUAAAAUACCUGAACUUACCAA